AUGGUAUUAGCCCGCGUGGCUGAAUACCUCUGGCCAUCGCACCAAGCGCCUGCGCUCCACUAUCUCGAUGAUGGCCGCGACGGCCCGUCAGUUCAGGGUGCGCGACGGAAGGCAGAAAGAUCACCAACGGAUACCUCGACUCCCUCCGCAGUCCGCCUCUCCUCCGCGCAAUCCGUAGACGUCGACCAGGCAUCCUACCGCCCGCCCUAUGUCCACGCCAUGUUGGCCGGUGGCCUGGGAGGGACCAUGGGCGACAUGCUGAUGCACAGUCUCGACACCGUCAAGACCCGCCAGCAGGGUGAUCCGCGCAUGCCUCCCAAGUACACCAGCAUGGGCAAUACCUACUACACCAUCUUUCGCCAGGAGGGCGUUGCGAGAGGACUGUACAGCGGAGUCACGCCUGCCUUCAUCGGCUCGUUUGCGAGCACGGUGAUAUUCUUUGGGUGCUACGAGAGCAGCAAGAGGAUGAUGAUAGAUCACGGAGUAUCCCCCUGGAUCGCAUACUUCGUGUCGGGAUGGUGCGCAGAUCUGGCCGCAUCGCCCUUGUACGUCCCCACGGAAGUGCUGAAGACGAGGUUGCAGCUGCAAGGGCGCUUCAAUAAUCCAUUCUUCACCUCCGGAUACAACUACAAGUCCACCCUGAACGCAUUGAAGACUAUUUACAGGACCGAAGGCUUCGCAGAGCUGUUCUCAGGCUACAAGGCAACACUGUUCCGCGACUUGCCAUUUUCCGCCCUACAGUUCGCAUUCUACGAGCAGGAGCAAAAGCUUGCAAAGAAUUGGGUGGGCCCAGGGAAAGAAAUCGGGCUGGCCUUGGAGAUACUCACAGGUGCGACGGCGGGAGGGAUGGCGGGAGUCCUUACUUGUCCUAUGGAUGUUGUCAAGACAAGGAUUCAGACCGAGCUAGAUCCCGAACUGGCGGCAAAGGCCAGGGGACAGAAGGCUGGUAAAUCCAAUGCGAGCAGCGCGACCUCCCGAACUGCCUCCAACACAGCCUCAAACCCGUCGCAUCCUCCACCGACCCACGGAGGUCAUCACCGACCUUCACCCUCACCUCCCCAUCCCUUGUCAUCUCGGCCAGUAUCUACCGCCGGCUCAGGUACGGCAUUGAAGCACCAUGGCCAGGUAUCCCUUGAUACAGAGUCAGUGAUGAAGGCGCUUCGCAUCAUAUACCGAGCGGAAGGCUUGGCAGGUUGGUUUCGCGGUGUGGGUCCGAGGGCAGUAUGGACGAGCAUCCAGAGUGGUACCAUGCUGGUUGUAUACCAGAAACUGCUGCGGUGGUUCGACGCGAACCCGCUUGUAAAGAUAGACGAGGACGAAGGCCUGCGUGGGUUCUCCUGA